UUGACAAAGGAAGCCAAAACCUUCAAAUUUCAAAACCGCGUAUUAAUCGGACUUUUCAUCUCUACUCGUUCGAUAAAUCAAUUGUAUAAAUAACACUUGUAACAAACGCAAAUUGGAUCAAAAAUAUCUUUUUCGUUUUUUCAAUUUCAAAUUCCUUAAGAGUUUGUUGAUUCGAAGAUUUUACGGCCAUGAAUGAUCUGCUCUCUCGCUCUUUCAACCGCUCCGUCGCGGACGAUUCAUCGCCGCCGCACUCGCACAGCAUCGAGAUGCCAAAGGCGAAGUGCUCCGGCGGAAGCUGCCGCGGUGGGAACAACCUCGACAAGUUCUAUCUCGACGUUGAGGAAGUGAACGGCGAUCUGAAAGAGCUCGAUCGCCUCUGUCACAGCCUCCGAUCGAGCCACGAGAUGAGCAAGACACUCCAUAACGCUAAGGCUGUGAAGGAGCUGAAGGAGAAGAUGGAUUCCGAUGUCUCGGCGUCGCUCAAGACGGCGAAGCGUGUGAAAGGAAACCUCGAGGCGCUGGAUCGGUCGAAUGAAGUGAACCGGAGUUUACCGGAAAGCGGACCGGGUUCAUCGUCGGACCGGCAAAGGACGUCGGUGGUGAACGGGUUGAGGAAGAAACUGAAAGAUGCGAUGGAUAAUUUCAAUCGAGUGAGAGAGACGAUCUCGACGGAGUACAGAGAGACGAUUCAGAGGAGGUACUUCACCGUCACCGGCGAAAAUCCCGACGAAGAUACCGUCGAUCGCCUCAUCUCCACAGGAGAAAGCGAAACAUUUUUGCAGAAAGCGAUACAAGAACAAGGUCGAGGUAGGAUUUUGGAUACGAUAAACGAGAUACAAGAGAGACACGACGCAGUGAAAGACAUCGAGAAGAGCUUGAACGAGCUGCAUCAGGUGUUCCUCGACAUGGCCGUGUUGGUCGAGCACCAGGGUGAGCAGCUUGACGACAUUGAAGGCAACGUCAAACGAGCCAACUCGCUUGUCCGGUCGGGCGCGGACCGGCUGGUUAAGGCGCGGUUCUACCAGAAGAACACGCGCAAGUGGACUUGCUACGCAAUUUUGUUAUUGAUCAUUAUUGUGGUUUUGGUUGUGCUGUUUACGGUGAAGCCUUGGCAAAACAAUGGUGGUGGUGGAGGAGCUUCGACGCGUCAGGCCACUCCGGUGCAAGCUCAGCCACCGCCACCUCCGGCUCUGACCCGGCGGCUACUUCACAUAGCCGUUAACUUCACAGAUGGGAUGUUCAAAGGAAUUUACCAUGGUAAGAACUGUCAUCUCCCCGACAUUGCCACGGUCUUGAACCGAGCUUGGUCUGCCGGAGUCGAUAGAAUCAUAGUAACUGGUGGGUCAUUGAAAGAAUCGAGAGAAGCUCUUGCAAUUGCAGAAACUGAUGGGAGGCUGUUUUGUACGGUUGGGGUUCAUCCAACUAGAUGCAGUGAGUUUGAAGAGAGCGGCGAUCCAGAGAAGCAUUACGAGGAUCUCUUUUCAUUAGCCAAAGAAGGGAUUCAGAAAGGGAAGGUGGUAGCAAUUGGUGAAUGUGGAUUGGAUUAUGAUAGGCUUCAGUUCUGCCCGGCUGAUAUCCAGAAGAAGUAUUUUGAGAAGCAAUUCGAACUAGCACAUGCUACAAAGUUGCCUAUGUUUUUACAUAUGCGAGCAGCUGCUGCAGAUUUCUGUGAAAUUGUUGAAAGAAACAAGAGCAGGUUCACUGGAGGGGUUGCUCAUUCAUUUACUGGUAGUGCAUUGGAGCGUGAUAAGCUUCUUUCUUUCGAUAAAAUGUACAUUGGUAUAAAUGGCUGCUCGUUGAAAACAGCUGAGAAUCUUGAUGUAAUGAAGGGGAUACCUGUAGAGAGGAUGAUGAUUGAAACAGACUCUCCGUACUGUGACAUAAAGAACACACACGCUGGGAUCAAGUUAGUGAAGUCGACUUGGCCUUCCAAGAAAAAGGAGAAGUAUGAUCAAGAGUCCCUUGUCAAAGGCCGUAACGAGCCCUGUUUAGUUCGAGUUUUCUUCCCUCAGGACUUGGAUUCUGCUGCAGAUGCUCUGCUUUCGGGUCACCACGAGAGCCACUAGCAUGAAGUCAUGACCAAAAGAAUAUGCAUUUUUCUCUGGAGACGAGAGAUUUUACAUUACACAAUUUAUGGAAUAAACAUUUUCUGAAUAAGAUUACAGAAAAUCUCCUCUUCUCUUUCUCAUAUAUCUUCUUCUUCUCUAGCCCCAGUACAAUACAACAACAUUCAUUUUCUGGCUCUCAAGGUUAUCAGUCUGAAGCUUGACCGGAAUCUAUUGUAAUUUUACAUUGCAGCGUUUAUGGAAUAAGAUACCAGAAAUUCUCAUGUUCUUUAUCUCAAAAUAUAAAUGCCCUACUCUUAUAAACAGAGUUAUAUAAUGG